AUGAAUCUCUCUCUUCUUGGAUCUCCGCAUUCAAGCCUCUCCAAGAUGCAGCUUCUGUUUGUUGCUUUGGCUGUUACCAUCCUGACGUACCUUCUGAUCUCAACACUGCUCGGUAUCUUUCGUGCUGUUCGUUCUCCACUUCAAAAGAUUCCAGGACCAUGGUACGCACCAUUGACUACUUUCCACCUACGAUAUCUCUUUUCUACUGGUGAAAUCUGGAAGCUUGUACAGCGCAGUCACACAAAGUAUGGCCCGAUAUGUCGCCUUGGUCCAAGACAUGUCUGGGUUUCCCAUAAAGAGUCUUUGAAGCAGAUCCUGUCAACCAUUGACCUCCCCAAGGUUGCCAUGUAUGCUGAGAUUUCUCGAGAUCGAACGAGUCCAGGUCUCUUUGGGGAAAUCCGAUUCCAUCCGCAUAAGCGCCUCAAGAGGUUCUUUUCCCCGGCGUUCACAGUUGGCUAUGUAGAUAACUUGGAGGCAGUCUUCAAGGGCGUAAUGCGAGACCUUCUCCAAACCUACGCGACGCUUCUGGCUGGAAAUACUUCGACUUUAGAAGGUGUCCAGACUGAUCUAAUGGAUGACCUUCACAAAGUCGCACUUGAUAUAUGCGAUAGCAUGGGAGAAAGCUCAUUCAGUAAGGGCUUCGGGCAGGUGAAGCCCAAUGAACCAUCUGGCGAUCCGCAGAUGGAUGAGACAUGGAAGUCCGUUCCGAGAGCCAUCUUUGACGGUCUGGCAGACCGAUACAAGUACGUCUACGUCAAAAGGUUCUUACGCCGGAUUGGGUUCAAUGUCGAGUUCGAUUGGCCCAAGCAAAUGAUUAUGGCUAUUGACUCAAUCGUUCGUCAGCGCUCAGACGAGAAGCAACACUCGCCAGAUCUCCUCCAGCACCUCAUCGAGAAUGGUAAAAGGCCAGAUAACGAAGAGGCAAUGAAUUCGCGGGAUAUCCUGGACCAGAUGUCCGAGAUCCUCCUCGCUGGCUCAGAAACGACCUCUGGUACUAUUGCCUGUUUGUUCUUGGAGCUUGCACGCAACCCUCGAGUUCGUGCUAAGCUACUCUCAUCCCUCCCUGCUAUCAGACAUGAUGACAUUGAUAAUAUUAUUGUGAGCAAGACUGUUCGAGAUUCAGAGGACUUCCAGUACCUGGAAGCUUGUAUCAAGGAAAAUCUUCGCCUGCAUCCAAUUGCAUCUGAGAUGGGUCGCCGUACCGGUGACCAGUGGAUCAAUCUAAUGGGAUACGACUUGCCUCCACACACAGUGGUGUCGGCCUCUUAUCGAGAUCUUCAUCGCAAUGAGAAAUACUGGCCAGAUGCAUUGAGCUUCAUCCCCGAGAGAUGGCUCCCUGACAAUGAGAGAGGCGAUUACCCUGCAGCUGAAAUUGACGAUCACCUUUAUGAUCAGGAGUGA